GUCAAUCUGACAGGUCACCUGUAUUAGAUCCUCAGCCUACUGCUGCCUCUUAUGUACUUUUAAAGCUCUUUUAAUUUGUUUCUAUUUGUUUUUUUGGAGUGGGAAGAAUAAUCCUUUAGUCUCUCAAGGCAUCCGAAUGUCUUUUUUCCUGAGAUCCCCUCGAUGUGAGCAUUUUGGGUGCAUUCAGUGACAUCAUGCGACGACUUCUGUGCCUGCAUGCAUUCCUAUGCUGCCUCACUAUGGCUCAUCCGUUCUGUCCAUCCCAGUGUACCUGUGUUUUUCAUGGACGCACCGAUGGAACAGGAACCAGAUCUGUACUGUGCAAUGACCCAGACAUGUCUGACAUCCCCGUCAAUGUCCCCGUGGACACAGUCAAACUUCGUAUUGAAAAAACUGCAGUACGGCGAGUCCCAACAGAAGCUUUUUACUACUUGGUGGAUCUACGAUACCUCUGGAUUACCUAUAAUUCCAUAACCUCAGUGGAUACUGGAAGUUUCUACAACCUAAAAGUGCUCCACGAGCUGAGACUGGAUGGAAAUAUGAUCUCAAUGUUUCCAUGGGAAUCUCUCAAAGAGAUGCCAAUGCUGAAGACACUGGAUCUUCACAACAACAGAAUUAAUAAUGUUCCCACCGAGGCAAUUCCUUACCUCCGCAACAUUACCUACUUGGAUCUAUCCAGCAACAAAUUAACCACCCUGCCCUCUGAUCUCAUGGACAUAUGGCCACCAUUUAAUGGUCUACCUGUAUCUUCUAAUGCCUCCCAGAAAGUAGUAUUAGGCCUCCAGGAUAAUCCAUGGUUCUGUGACUGUAAAAUCUCCAAGAUGAUUGAGAUUUCCAAAAUGGCUGAGACACCAGUAAUUUUGAUGGAUCUAUUUUUGACCUGUGCUGGACCAGAAAAUCUUUCAGGUGUUCUUUUUCAGCAUGCUGAACUUGAAAACUGCGUAAAACCAUCAGUGAUGACAUCUGCAACCAAGAUCACAUCUCCUUUGGGCAGCAAUGUUCUCCUACGAUGUGAUGCUUCAGGCUUUCCAACACCAACACUUUACUGGGCUAAAUCUGAUGGCUCACCAGUCAGUAACACAGUCCAGGAGUCACCUGGAGAUGGCAUCAGAUGGUCCAUCAUGAGCUUGCAUGGGAUACUGUACAAGGAUGCUGGUAACUACAGCUGCAAAGCUAAGAAUGUCGCCGGCAGUGUGGAAGCCACCAUUUCUCUCACUGUUGCUGGUACCAUUGGCACUACUGUCCCCCCACAAAGACCUGGCAUUGACACUGGGCCAAGCAGUGUGGGCACAACAAUAGUUCCACCAACAUUCAUUCCUGACUCAUUUAUGUCGACGGUUCUCCCAAGAGCAUCAACAAUUGCUUUUUAUAGAAAGUUAAAGCCUACCCCUAGCAAUGGUUUACAAAAAUCUAAAGUUAAGCAAUCAAAAAAUGAGCAAGGAAGCAACGUGACAAAGCUUGCAGCCGAUGAAAAAAGCAAGAAAAGCGAUACAUCAAAGUCUAUUAGGGACCUAAAGAUUGUUGAGGAAACAGCUGACAGUGCAGUGUUGCUCUGGACUGCAGAUGGGUUACCAAAUGAUGCUCCACUUACAGUGGUAUAUUCACCCUAUGGUGAGGAUGACACUAAAAGGACAGUGGAGACUAAUGCUGGCAGUGGAAAAGUAUUCCUAGAUGGACUGUCGUCUGGGAUGAGGUAUUCAGUUUGCCUUGUAGCAAAAGGUGCUGCUGCUGGAAAAGAUCCCUGUAUUGAUUUUUACACACUGGACAAUGUCGAGGAUGGUGGGCAAAACCAACUUUUCAUCAUCAUAAGUGGCAUUGCCUGUGCUUUGGUUUUACCUCUUAUUAUCCUGCUGCUCUACAAGAUUCUCGCUCUUUAUUGCAAGGGACGCAACACCGGAUUGAAUGAAGAGGACCUUGAAAAAGAAAGCUAUGUCAAGUUUGAGACAAUAUCAAUGAAACAAAGAAAUCUGAACUCUCACCCAACUGAGCUUUGGGCAAGGAGACCAACUAAUGAAUCAGAGCGAAUGCUCCUGUGUUCCAGAUCAAGCAUAGACUCCCAAAUGACCUAUAAAAGUGACAGUUCUCGGUCUGAAUAUCUCUGCUAAAGCAGGAAGCCAUGGUAAAUGUUCACGCACCAUGGUAGUACCACAUGAUAUGAGAUACUCUUUACAUGCCUUUUGUGACAUUGAUAAAAAUUAUCAGCUAUAUAAUUGUUCAUAAAUAUAUAUUCAUUUAAUUACAUCUGCUCUGGAUCAGAGAAUUAAACCACCACCAUAAGAAAAGUCUUACUACUUGGUAGUCAGGUAACUUUCCAUUGCAGUUAUUUUGUGCUAACAAGACCAGUUCCCAAGUUAAACUAGUU